AUGAGCGAGGCUGUCGCCAUCAACAAAUCGCCAGGCUUGAUUCGGAGGCUGUCGAACAGGGCCACGCAGUUCGCCGGCCGGCGGCGGCAGUCCUCUACAACGGCGAUGAGUCGGGAUCACAGCACCGGUCCGGUCAUCGUGCGCCGGAGGAGUGAUAGCACGAAUACGGCCCCCGAGUUUGUUCGGGGGGCCCCUUUCUCCGACUCGGAUGACGAUGCCUACGAAUCCUAUCGAGAAGAGCCCGGGAUGAUGCUGCUGCCCACCAUGGGGACGAGUUUGGAAGGGAUCCGGGACUUGCCAAGCACGACCGCCUCCCUCUCCUCGAGCCCCGUCACCAGCGGCCCCGGGCCGGGCCCCGUCAUCCCCUCCAUCUUGCUCCAAGGAACGACCAUGACGAAGGUUACGAAGAAGAAGAAGAAACUCCUGACGUUCGUGCUGGAGAAGGAGGCUGCCAAGGUGUCGUGGGACAAGAAUCGACCCUCGAAAUCAUUCUAUAUCGAUGACAUCAAAGACAUCAGAGUUGGCCGGGAUGCCGAGAACUACCGUCGCGAGUUUGGGGUGCCUGAUUCGGAUGAGCCGCGCUUCUUUUCCAUCCUCUAUGCCGUCCCGGACAAGUCGAAAGGUCGGUCGCAGAAGAUGAUGCAUCUGAUCGCCCGGGACGAGCAGUCCUUCGACCUGUGGACCACCACGCUCGACGCCAUCUCCAAGCACCGUCAGGAUCUCAUGGCUUCCCUGUCGUCCUUCCACGACAAAGCCGUCCGCGCUUACUGGCGCACCGAGAUGAACAAGCAGUUUCAGGACCGGCCUCAUUCCGAGGACGAGGAGGAGAUUGAUAUCACGGGUGUGGAGCGGCUAUGCCGAUCUCUCCACAUCCAUGGCUCUUCGAACUACUUCCGCUCCAAGUUCAACGAGGCGGACGUGACCGGUACCGAACGCUUAAAUCUUGCUGAAUUCCAGGACUUUGUCAAACUCAUGAAGAGACGGGAAGAUAUCGGAGCGAUCUUCCGGGAGCUGGUAUCCGAUUCGGAAAAGGGUCUGACCUUGGAGCAGUUCCUCACCUUCCUCCGAGACGUCCAGGGUGAGGACGUCGACAGCGAUCGAGCUCACUGGGAGAGCGUCUUUGCCAAAUUUGUCCGCCGAUCGAAGUCGAAGGAACAAUCGUUGCAGGAUGCUGCUGACGGCGAAGUUGCACGGAUGGAUGAAGCAGCAUUGACCAGCUAUCUCAUCUCCACCUUCAAUGUCCCCUUGCGCAGUGCGCCUGCCCGGUAUACCCUUGACCGCCCCCUACACGAAUAUUUCAUCUCUAGUUCUCACAACACGUACCUACUGGGUCGUCAGGUGGCCGGGCAGUCGAGUGUCGAGGCCUACAUCUCCGCCCUGAGCAGGGGAUGCAGAUGCGUGGAGGUAGAUUGCUGGAAUGGCAGCGAUGGCCCUGUUGUGAUGCACGGCAGGACGCUCACCAGCCAGGUAUCGUUCGCUGAUGUUAUGUCCACGAUAAGCAAGUAUGCCUUCGUCAAGUCCCCCUAUCCUCUGUGGGUCUCGUUGGAGGUCCACUGCAACCCGCAGCAGCAAGCCAUGAUGGCCCAGAUCAUCAAGGACACCUGUGGCUCGAAGCUCGUCACGGAACCGCUGGAUUCAUCGGCCGAGCAGCUCCCAUCGCCUUCACAGUUGCUACAUCGGAUUCUGAUCAAGGUCAAGAAGCCGCGAGUGUUUGAGGAUGUGGGAGUCGUAGAACCACCGACUGGCCGCAGUCGAGGGAGCAGUCUCAGCUCACCAUACAUCCGGCCGACGCCUCUCGACAACUCAACCCUCCCAGGUGGGGUGCUGCCCCCAGGCCCCUAUGCGCGGGCGACUCGAAUCAUCCGCCGCAACACAACCAAGACGAUCGGGAGCGAUGGGCAGGAGAGCCUCAGCAGCAGCACCAGCGAUAGCGAGAGUCUUCUUGACGAUGUCGCCAAGGCGAACCAGAGCCGCCGGAAGAACAAGACCAGCAAUAUCAUCAAGGUCCUCGGGGAACUUGGCGUCUACAGUGCCGGCCUCAAAUUCCACGGGUUCGAUGAUCCGGAGAGCAAGACCUACAAUCACAUCUUCUCCUUCAUGGAACAGACAUUCGACAAGAACAGCAGGACUCAAGAGGACAAACGCGCCGUCGCCAGACACAACAUGCGGUACAUGAUGCGUGUGUACCCGAACGGAUGGCGAGUCGCAUCAACCAACUUCGACCCACUCAAGUAUUGGAGAAGGGGCGUCCAGAUGGUCGCGUUGAACUGGCAAACCUACGAUCUGGGAAUGCAGAUGAACGAUGCCAUGUUUGCAGCUGGCACCGAUCAGUCUGGGUACGUUCUGAAGCCGAGCGACCUUCGCGAGAUCAAGAUGAUUCCCACUGUCCCAGAAGAAGCGGGUGCUGGUCAUAUCAAGCGGGAGCGCAAGAACGUCAACUUCUCGAUCGAUAUUAUCUCUGCUCAGCAACUCAUGCGGCCUAAAGGGCUCCCUCCGAACCGGAGUGUUGACCCAUAUGUCGAAGUGGAAGUCUACCACGCAGACGACAAGUCCAAGGAGAGUAAAGGGGUCGUUGGCGAGGGGGGUCUGGACGCUUCUGGUAAAGACGGCCUGUCUGGACUCGGCGUGCCUCACAAACGACGCACCCAGAUCGUCCAGGAGAACGGCUUCAACCCCAUCUUUAACAAGAAGUUCAACUUUGACCUCACGACCAAGUUCCCCGACCUCGUCUUCGUCCGUUGGACGGUGAGGUGCUCCUCGGACGGCCAGAGCUAUAGCGAUCGGGGACUUCCCCUUGCUACCUACACCGCCAAACUCAGCAGUCUCAAACAGGGUUAUCGCACACUGCCUCUGUACGAUACGAACGGCGACCAAUUCCUCUUCUCCACGCUAUUCUGCCGCAUCAAGAUCGAACCUGCAACGAGCAUCUACGUCAACCCCGACGCCUCGGAGAGCGUCGGUGUUCUCAAGACCAUCGGCCGCACGGUCUUCAACCGCACUCCACUAUCACCCAAAGUCUCCGCCGACAGCAGCUUUGAGAAAUAG